AUGUCCUGGGCCGUGGUCUUCGGCCUCCUGGCCGCGCUGCUGUUGCUGCUGCUGCUGACCCGCCGGCGCACGCGGCGACCUGGCGAGCCUCCCCUGGACCUGGGCAGUAUCCCCUGGCUGGGCCACGCCUUGGAGUUUGGAAAAGAUGCUGCUGGCUUCCUCACUAGGAUGAAGGAGAAGCAUGGUGACAUCUUUACUGUGCUGGUGGGCGGCCGGCACGUCACGGUCCUCUUGGAUCCCCACUCCUACGACGCGGUGGUGUGGGAGCCCCGCAGCAAGCUGGACUUCCACGCCUACGCCGUCUUCCUCAUGGAGAGGAUUUUCGACGUGCAGCUUCCGCAUUAUAACCCCGGUGAUGAAAAGUCCAAGAUGAAACCGACUCUCCUCCACAAAGAACUGCAGGCGCUCACGGAUGCCAUGUAUACCAACCUCCGCACUGUCCUGCUGGGUGACACCGUGGAAGCGGGCAGUGGCUGGCAUGAGAUGGGGCUCCUCGAGUUCUCCUACAGCUUCCUGCUCAGAGCCGGCUACCUGACCCAGUACGGCGUCGAGGCACCCCCACACACCCAGGAGAGCCAGGCCCAGGACCGCGUCCACUCAGCCGAGGUCUUCCACGCCUUCCGCCAGCUUGACCUGCAGCUCCCCAAGCUGGCGCGUGGCUCACUGUCAGCGGCGGAUAAGGACCAGGUGGGCAAUGUCAAAGGUCGCCUGUGGAAGCUGUUGGCCCCAGCCAGGCUGGCCAGCCGGGCCCACCGGAGCAAAUGGCUGGAGAGUUACCUGCUGCACCUGGAGGAGAUGGGCGUGCCGGAGGGGAUGCAGGCCCGCGCGCUGGUGCUGCAGCUCUGGGCCACACAGGGGAACAUGGGUCCUGCUGCCUUCUGGCUCCUGCUCUUUCUCCUCAAGAACCCCGAGGCCCUGGCCGCCGUCCGUGGAGAGCUUGAGACUGUCCUCUUGGGAGCAGAGCAGCCCAUUUCGCAGAUGACCACCCUCCCACAGAAAGUUUUGGACAGCAUGCCUGUGCUGGACAGCGUGCUGAGUGAGAGCCUCAGGCUCACCGCUGCGCCCUUCAUCACCCGCGAAGUCGUGGCCGACCUGGCCUUGCCCAUGGCGGAUGGGCGGGAAUUCAGCCUGCGACGUGGGGACCGCCUCCUCCUCUUUCCCUUCCUGAGUCCCCAGAAGGACCCGGAGAUCUACACAGACCCGGAGGUGUUUAAAUACAACCGAUUCCUGAACCCUGAUGGAUCAGAGAAGAAAGACUUUUACAAAGAUGGGAAGCGACUGAAGAACUACAGCCUGCCCUGGGGAGCGGGGCACAACCAGUGCCUGGGGAGGGGCUACGCCAUCAACAGCAUCAAACAAUUCGUGUUCCUUGUGCUGACGCACUUUGACCUGGAGCUGAUCACCCCGGACGUGGACAUCCCCGAGUUUGACCUCAGCAGGUAUGGCUUCGGGCUGAUGCAGCCAGAACACGACGUGCCCAUCCGUUACCGCCUCCGGCCGUGA